AUGUCAAUUGCUACGGAGCUGGCUGAUGAAGAUGGAGAAGGUGAAGGAUAUGAGGAGGAGUUGGCCGAACAGGUAAAGUACCAACUGGAGAUGAAAACAGCUAUGGAGAAAAUCAAGAAGAAGACUGAUGUUGCUGAGCAGGGUGCCAGCGCUACAGAAACAACAGCCAGACUGAAGGAAAUAAAACUGCCCACGUUCAGUGGCACACAGGCAGAUGUCAUGGAAUUCAAUGACUUCUUCACACUCUUCGAGGAUCUGAUUGGGAAAAACAGCAAAAUCGGUGGAGGAAGCAAGCUGCUGUAUUUGAAGACCUACCUACGAGGCAGUGCGUUGGACCAGAUCAAGCACCUCUCCAAUGACAGCAACAACUACGAGUUGGCGGUGCAGUUCUUGAAGAAGGAGUUUUUGAACAAAGACAAGGUUGUUGAACAUCACAUCAGAAAGAUCUACGAACUACAGGCCCCUCCGGCACGAAACUCCACCCAGAGUCGACUCUGCUUGAUGAGCGAGCAGCACGGCCGCCGUUCACUGCUGCCGACGACGUCAGUGGUCAUCUGUGCCUGUGGAGAAGCAGAAGUGGCCAGAGCGCUGAUAGAUCACGGGAGUCAGGCGAGCUACAUCAGUCAGACACUGGCAGAGAAGCUGAAGCUGGAGGAGAAGGGACACGAGGAGACGUUCACAGUGAAGACAUGCAUCGGGACAGAAGAGAAAAGACACCGAGUCGUCACCUGCGAGAUCGCAAUCACACCGAAACGCAUGAUCAAGGCAGAGUUCCUCAUCGAUCCAAACAUGGACCUCAGUUACAAUCUCCCAGGCGUAUCACGUGCGGUGAAGCAACUGCAAGAUGAAGGCGUCAUACUGGCUGACUGCUUCUACAGAGAUCAAGAGACUGACGACAUCGACAACAUCCACUGUCUGCUGGGCGUCAACGUGUUGUCUGACCUCACCCCUCUCCGGACAGUCAGCCUGGGACAGAGUGUCGCCUACGAGGUCGACAAAGGGCACAUCAUCUUCGGAGAUCUGGCUGGUCUGGUUCCAGACCACCUGUCUCACCUGUGUGGUCCGACAAGUGAACCGACGCCCGAGGAUGAGGAAGAACUGCUACAAACGAUCAACGAGACCAACAUCAACAUCAAGCAACAAGAUCAGCAUCGAACAACACCUGAAGAACAAACUGAAGCCAGCACGUGGGAACAAGAUGGGCAACCACCAACAGUUCAAGAGAAAACGAACGUCAAAAGCCAAACUACGCAGACUCUUCGUGACGAAGACGAAGACGAUGUUGAACUGACAGCUGCAGAUGAACACGUCCUCGAGGACUUCAAGAGCGAAGUGGAGUUUCGCGACGGAAAGUACUUCGUGAAAAUACCCUUCUACUCCAACGUGGAAGAGGUGCCCGAAAACUUUGACAACGCCAUGGCCCUUACAGAUAGGGUACACCAGUCCCUGCAGCGGAAAAAUCUUGUAGAAAAGUACUCAGCCGUGUUUCAACAGCAAGUCAACGAUGGAAUCAUCGAAGAAAUCGACUUGUCUGUUUCAAAAAGACGAGUCUUCAUACCACACCACCCGGUUAUCAAAACCGACGAGCAGACUACAACCAAGAUACGGCCUGUCUUCAAUUGCAGCUUCAAGACAACAGGCUCGCCGUCACUCAAUGAUGCCUGUUUCCCAGGUGUCAACCUGCUCACGAACAUGACCAGUCUUCUACAAAGGUUCCGCACCAACAAGUUCAUGAUGAUGGCUGACAUCGAGAAAGCCUUCUUACAAGUCCACCUGAAGUAUGAGAGCGACCAGGAUCACUUCUGCUUCCUGUGGAAGACCGAGGAGGGCGUGAAAGCGUACAGGUUCAAGACCAUUCUCUUUGGACUGAACGCAAGUCCGUUCAUCCUCAACCACAUCCUUCAACUGCACCUGCAGCGAUUCCGCGAGACCGAGGCGAUCUCUGCCCUGAAGCAAUCCCUGUAUGUGGAUAACUUCCUUUACACUUCCUCCGACCUGGACAAACUCACCGACAUCUACCAUGAGAGCAUUAAGAUACUCAAGGAAGGAGGAUUCAACCUCAGAAGUUGGAAGUCGAACCAUCCAACCCUGCUGAACACAAUGGAUAGUGAAGGCACUCUUCACUCACACUCAUCAUCAAGUGAGAAGACACUCGGUUAUCUAUAUGACACCAAAACUGACACAAUGUCACUCGCUGACAUUCACUUUGAUGACAGCAGGAGGCUGACCAAGCGACGACUGCUGAGCAACGUCAGCCGGGUGUUUGACCCGCUUGCACUCACUCUUCCAGUCACGAUCAGGGGUCGCAUCCUGAUGAAGCAGGUCUGGGAUGAAGGAACCGACUGGGAUGAAGAGGUUUCCUCUGAAGUGAAGGCCGUGUGGGCCAAGCUUCGAGUGGACCUUGAGGCUCUCCAAUCACUGACAUUCCCGAGACAGACUGCUGAUUUGGAAUCAGACGAUCCGAUCACACUCCACGUGUUCUGUGAUGGCAGCAGAUCAUGCUACGGCGUCGCCUGCUACAUCAAACAAGGAGAGAAGACAUCUCUUGUCUACAGUCACAGCAAGUUAGCCCCUGACAAGAAGAGCAUCCCACAAACUGAACUUCUUGCUGUACUGAUGGCACUCGAUUGUGUUUCAACAAUCGCAACUUCACUGAACAUCAAGCCAGAUGAUGUAUUCGUAUGGUGUGAUGCUCAGGUGGUCUUGGAAUGGCUUCACAGUGGCACCAAGACCAAGAGCAGAUUCACCAUCAACAGGCUGAAGACGGCCCAACAGAAGAAAAAGGACCUGGAAACGCUGUUGAACUGUGAAGUGACGUUCAGAUACGUCAACACGCUGGACAACGUCGCCGACAUGGUCACCAGAGGUAUUUCGUACAGAGAGUUCGAAAGAAGCAUGCUCACCUGGUUGUCAGGCCCGAGUUGGCUGGCCGACACAGACGCCUGGCCUCAGAACACGCUCAACUGUCUGUCCGAAGCCACCAAACGCGCGAUGCAGGUCAACACAAACCUCACAGAACAGCACGAUCCAGAUACCAGUCAGCAGCUGCUGGACCCUGGUAAAUAUUCCAGUCUCAAGAGGCUCUACGGUGUCACUGCUCGGGUCUACCACUUCAUCAACAAGCUCAAAGGCAGACAGGUAGACUGCUACAAGCAAGCUGAAGACUACUGGAUUCGCCGCAUGCAGCAGAAGUCGUUCCCAGCAGAACUGCGUUUCCUGCGAGAAAAAGAAAAUCAGGCGUCAAAGCCGCCGCCCAAGCUCGUGAACGACCUCAAUCUCUUCUUAGAUGAGGUUGACAUCCUGAGAUUACUGACGGGCGGGGCGCCCUCCUCUCAGUACUGA